GCCAUGCUCUGGGCCAGAGACUACAAGGAAACCCAGGAAAGUAGACUGUUUUUUCCAGCUUCUCCUCCUUCCAUGAGUCUUGGCUCUUGGCUUUUCCUUAGAGUACCCAAGUCCUCCACACCUCUGUCUUUCCUGAGCUGGAUUCCAGUUUGGGAUCAUUCAUAGAGAGCUGCUCCUGUCCGAGGACACUGGCCUUCCCUUAGGAGUGACCACGUCCCAGAAGGAAUAUGGCCGGCUGGACAUCUGGUCAUGCACACCCUUCUGAUACAGGGCUGAAAGGAUAUGAAGUGAGAUAAGGCAUGCAUAGGAUCCAGACCAGAGAGAAUUAUGGAUACAGUGCGACUUGGUGGUUAAGGCCGGAGAGAGGAAGAAGAAGCAGUGGAACAACUUCCACAGGGAUCCAAACAAGGCUGGAACCUUACCAAAAAUACUGGGAGCUGUACGGGGAGCUUCCCACUGGUCCUGCCAUGAAUUCUUCACAGGAGUACUGGGAGGCCAUCCCGCUGCUCACCAGUGUGGUGGAGGACCCCAUGUCACAUGACACUCUGCCAUCUGCAUCUUUCAAUGCUGCCAUGUCCUACCAUACGGGCUGGAGCAGGUUACCUGAGGGGGCCAGCAGGAACACUGAGAGGGCCUUGAAAGAAGGGAAGCUGCCAGAAGUGGCCUCUAUAGUAAAGGAGACCAUGGAGAUAGUGUCUAGAACCCCAGUGAGCAUCGCAGUGACUGGGGACUCAGGCAACGGCAUGUCGUCCUUCAUCAACGCACUUCGAAUCAUUGGACUUGAGGAGACUUUGGCUCCCACCGGGGUGGUGAGGACCACCCAGACACGGGCUGGCUACUCUUCUUCCCGCUUUCCCAAUGUGGUGCUGUGGGACCUCCCCGGCCUGGGGGUCACCUCGCAAAGCAUGGAGAGCUAUGUGGAGGAGAUGCGCUUCAGCCAGUAUGACUUCUUCAUCAUCAUCGCGUCUGAGCAGUUCAGCACCAACCACUUGAAGCUGGCCCAAACCAUCCAGCGGAUGGGAAAGAAGUUCUAUGUUGUGUGGACCAAGCUGGACAGAGACCUCAGUACAAGUGUGCUCCCAGAAGCCCGGCUCCUGCAAACGAUCCGAGAAAAUAUCAAAAAAAAUCUCCAGAAGAAGAGGGUACAUGAACCCCCCAUAUUCCUGGUGUCCAACAUUGACCCUUUAUUUUAUGAUUUUCCAAAGCUCAGAGAUACCUUGAAAAUAGACCUCUCCAACAUCAGGCGCAGUGGUCCCUUAGAGAGCCUUUCCCACCUCUGUGGGGAGAUCAUUAAUGAGAAAGUGGCCUCCCUGAGGAGGCAAGUGGUGAAAGAAUCAAGGCGUAUAAAGGAUGCUGAUGACUUGGGGGAGGUUCUGGAAGCCUACCAUUUGCUCUUUGGUAUGGAUGGCGAAUCACUUCUCCAGGUGGCUAAGAAUAUGGGGAAAGCAGUAACAGAGUACAUGGCCAUCAUGAAGUCCCAGGAUUUGUACACUCUCUGCGGCAAAGACUGGCAACUAAAAUUCAUGACUUGUUUAGUCAUGAACAUGCUCCUCAGCCUAUUCCGGUGUAUUCCAUUCUUAGGUGGCCCUGUCAUUCGCUUCUUCAGACACAUGAGAUACAGACACAUUCUUGAGUUAGUUGCCCAGGAUACCAAGACCAUCCUGAGAAAAAUUCUGGAAGACUCCAUCAUCCCCACUUGAAAUUCAACUUUGGAAAUGACCUGGCACACUUUUUCCUCACAUGGAAUAUUCAGGUUGCUUCAAGAUCCUCUUCUCUGUUUGGUCAAAAAAAAAAAAUCAAGAGAUAUGUUGGAACUUCCUAAGGGCUAUAAAUUCUUUGAAAGGAGUUAAGAAAGCUGUUCAUCUUACUAGCCUCAUUUAUAAAGCACUGUUCCUUUGAAGAGCAAAUACCUAUUGAAAUUACUAGCCAGUGUCCUGCAUUCUGCAUAUAAAAGUAUUGCUCUGGGUGGUCAAUUGUGAUACACGUCUAAAUAAGUUUACAUUUUCAUGUAAAGCAUUA